GCUGCUGAGCCUGCGACGUUAGCAGUGGAUGGGAAAAAAAAAAAAAAAAAAAAAAAUCUCCUUCUUUGCUUCAGCCAACAGACGCGUAAUUUGGGAGGUGGAAUAAGUGAAGCCCCAGGCCCAGUUUUCUCUCCUGUAACCCUGGCAGAACCACUGAGGACCUGUACUGAGUCCAACGAGAGCAAAAGAACCAACUAAUUUUGGUGUACAACGUCGACUACCUGCCAACCCUGGGAACACCUUCCCCCACCGGAAAGUCUUCAUAAAGGAUAGGAUACACAGCACUUUUUGGUCUUAAUAAAGACAGCUGAGGAGUGAGAGGAACAAAGUAAGAGAGGAAACAGAUUCUCCAUUAUUCCAAGGGUCUAUCCAUUUGAGUCACUCACAGCUCAAGUCUACAGAGAGAGUAUGAGGACAAGCUGCGUUACCCCACAUUGCAGCCCAACAAGAUAUGACAUAACAUGGGUCCCCUGCUAAUCACCAUGAUGGCCAUAAAGCUGUGACUGGCAUUGUGAAGCCUUCACCCCCUUUUAAGCACCCAACCCGGACCCUUCUCCUCUUUGGCAGUCCCUCCUAGCAACCUUUGUUGCUUCCCUUUCUCCCUCAAACACAACCUCCUCUCCUGCCUGCCCCUGAGUCUCUCUCCCUAACAAUCAUAGCUUCUCCUCCUCCUCAUUUAUUCUCUUCGGCAUCAUGCAGGGUGCUUCUACCACCUCCACUCUUCUUCUUCUUAUUCUUCCCUCUCUCCUAUUCUUCUCUCAUUUUCCCAGCACGGUAAACGGGGACUGUUGGCUCAUUGAGGGGGACAAAGGCUAUGUGUGGCUGGCUAUCUGCAGUCAGAACCAGCCACCGUACGAGACUAUCCCCCAGCACAUCAACAACACGGUCCAUGACUUGAGAUUGAAUGAGAACAAGCUGAAAGCUGUGCUCUUUAGCUCCAUGUACCGCUUCACCAACCUGACUGACCUCAAUCUCACCAAGAACGAAAUCAGCUAUAUUGAGGAUGGAGCCUUUGCAGGACAAGCCAACCUACAGGUUCUACAACUGGGCUACAACAAGUUGACAAAUUUAACUGAGGGUAUGAUGAGAGGGCUCGGUCGCAUGCAAUGCCUCUUCCUCCAGCACAACCUCAUUGAGGUUAUUGCCAGCAAUGCAUUCUGGGAGUGCCCCAGCCUCAGCAGCAUUGACCUGUCAUCCAACAAACUUGCCCGCAUCGAUCCAUCCACAUUCACAGUUCUCAGUCGGCUGAUGGUGUGUGAACUGGCAGCAAAUCCAUUUCAUUGUGGCUGUGAUCUUUACAGCUUUCUAACUUGGUUGGAGUCCUUCAACAAUGUCACACACACCUAUGACCGCCUCCAGUGUGAGACGCCCCGGGAGAUGUUUGGUUUCCCCUUACUGAGUCCUAUUGCUGCUGGCCAUGCUGGUCGGAAUGCCAAAAACAUUUUGUACCAUCACUGCCGAGAUGGAGUGAUGAUUCCAGGAAUGACCUCUCUCCCACCAGAUCUGGAUGGUCCUUCUGGGAUCGGACCAGAGAUGUUUGGUGGUGUGGGGCCAUACCACCAGCCCACCACCUCUUCAUCCUCUACUGAGCUCGUCGUUCCCAGCAUCAAGCUCCAUCAUGUCUCUUUGUCAUCAGCCUCUCUCCUUGUGCAGAUUCCAAGGCCCUACAGCAAAAUGUAUAUUCUAACACAAUACAACAACACAUUUGUGUCUGAUGUCAUGAAUUUGAAGAACAAGAAGGAGAUGAUCACCCUCAACAAGCUCAAGCCACACAACAAUUACACUUUCUGUGUAGGAUCCAUCCGCAACUCUCAACGUUACAAUCACACCUGCCUCCAGUUUUCCACUCGGGCUCAAAAUCAAGAUGACAUGCUUCCCACACCUUCCACCACUACCCAUUACAUAAUGACCAUCGUUGGCUGCCUUUUUGGCAUGCUCAUAGUUUUGGGCUUUGUCUACUAUUGUCUACGAAAGAAACGGAUGCAUGAUGAGAAGAAGAAAUCCAUCUGUGUCAAGAAAACAAUACUGGAAAUGCGCUAUGGACCAGAGGUGGCUGCAGCAGUGGCAAAUGAUCCAUCAGCAGUCCAUAAGCUUCAGGAGCAGUCCAGAGAACAUCACCAGUAUCAGCAUCAUCAUGGAGGCAAACUUCCCAUGUCCACAUCCUCUAGCUCGGGAAUGCUCCACUCAGCCAACACCAGCUCCUCCAGACUUUCUUCAAUCCCACAAGUGGAAAAGAUGGCCACUGCCUUUUCAGAGGCCAUGGCUACGAGUAAAGGAAACUAUAUGGAUGUCAGAACUGGAGGGGCAGGUAUGGAGAGGGUGGGAGAUGGAGGGCAUGUAGGGAUGAGGGGAGAAGACUUAAGGGACGAUGAUGGAACUGAUGUUGGGGAUGACUCAGAUGAUGAUGGACAUGGCUCUGCAUCAGAGAUUUCCACCAUUGCCAUGGAGGUAGACAAGGUUAACCAGAUUAUUAACAACUGCAUUGAUGCACUUAAAUUAGAUGCAGCAGCAGUUGCUGCUUCUGGGGCCUCUACUAACCCUACAGCCUCAUCCAAUCCCACCUCCCCUCCCCCCACCAGUGCAUCUUCCCUUACUCGUGGCUUAAUCCCACUCUCCCAAGGGAUGACAGAGACUUGCCAAGUCAUUGCUCCCAACAAAAUACCCCCUCCACCCCCACUCCCUGCAUUGAAUGCCCCACUCUCUGAGCGCCCAGGGAUCAGUGGUGGUGGUUUUGUCGUCUCUCCCCCAUACAGGCCCCCUCCACCAGCCACUGCUGUACGUCCUAUUCAGCGGCAAAUGAGUGCAGAUGCAGCUGUAGUUAUUGUAAAUGCUGUAAAGAAGCAGUGCAGCACCACCUCUUGUGGUUCCAUGGGUCGGGACAGGGAACGUGGAGGAGCUAGGGUGUAUAGCCUGGAUGUUCCAGAGCCAAGGAGCCCAGAUGGCUGUAAUCCACAACAGCAGCAGUACCCAGACAGGGCCAGUCCCGUGGGCUGUGGGGAGCCCCUAGAGAGGCUGCCUUUAGUGGGGAGUGGGAGCUGUGGUGGAGGGGGUGGUGGUGGUUGCGACAGUGGUGGUGUUGGUGCCCAACAUCAGGACAGCCAGAAGCCACACCAUUACCAUCAACAGCAACAAAUACAACAGCAGCAGCAGCAGCAGCAGCAGCUGGAGGUGCAGCAGGACUACCACUGCUCGGAGCACCGCCACUCUGUCCCAGCUCUCUACUAUGAAGGCUCCCACCAAGGCUCCCCAGCCCAGAGGGUUUCCUUCUUAAAGCCCCUGACGCGCUCACGCAGGGAUGCAGCAUCUUACUCCCAGCUUUCACCUGCCCGCCACCAUUCCAGUUACUCUGGCUACUCCUCCAGCCCAGAGUACUCCUCAGAGAGCUCACUGCGGAUCUGGGAGCGCUUUCGUCCCUACCGGAAAGGUCAGCGAGAUGAGGCCUGUUAUGUGACGGCUGGAAACGCCCUUCGAAAAAAGGUGCAGUUCGCCAAAGGCGAGGACCUGCAUGACAUCCUUGAUUAUUGGAAGGGUGUGUCAGCACAGCAGAAGCUGUGACUGUGGGACCAAAGUUAAGCAUUAUGGGGAAAAAAAUGAGUUUGAAUACUUCUUUUCCUGAUAGGCCUAUGGGCCAGAGAAACAAUUUGAAGUUCAUGGGGAGAAAAAUGUAGGACAAAAUUUUGCCUUUGGGUUUUUUUUGGCAUGCUAGGUGUAUAGAAUAUUGUGCUAAGAGCAAGGACUGUGAAACUGUGCCUGGGAUAUGAGAGUAAUUAUGGUGUUUUAUUUUACACUUCAUUGUAGCCCCAUUUCUGGAUCAUUCUCAUUUAGUAUUUGUAGGUUUUAUUUAUAGCACAGGGAGCAAAUGCCAACUGUGUAAUUUAGUUCUCUUUGAGUGAUCACAUUUUGUGAUCCUAUGGACCGUCUUUACCAGUGCCAUGUUUUCAUCUGUGGGUAAUCACAGAAGGUAAAUCUUGAUACCCUUCACUUUAAGCUUGUGUGAUCCAAGAUGUUCCUUAUUUUGCAUUGGGUGCUGUAUCAUUCUGCAGUGUGUACUUGGAUAUGUGAAGAUAGACUAUGCUGGGAUGGGAAAUGUGCUCUGUUAUAUGUGUCAACAUGCUGAUCAGUGAGGAGAUUUUCCAAAUGCAGGCCCUAUCUCUCUUCCACGAGAUCUGUAAUGCAGCUGAGGUAUUUGCAUUUCAAUAGAAAGAAAGGAGAAAUUGGAAAGAAAUGAGCAAAUGAACAAUGAAAACACAGACAAGUGGGCUCGAAAGUCCUGCAGCAUAAUGAAAUCAUGAGAGAGAGAUUAAAGUGGAACCUUACCCUAAAAUAGUGCUGUGAUUGCACCCUGAGGUGUUUAAGACAUCUUUCCGACUUACACUCUUGCAUGGUUCAUUGAGUGAUGUAAAGAAUGUUGUCCAGCAGAUGUCCCAAACUGUCCUAAACAGCAUUUGCCCGAGUAAUGAUCAAAACUGAGAGUGUAAUUUGAGUAGUACAGAGGGCAAAAUAAUGUUCCCUUUAUGAUGGUAAUUAUAUGCUCCUUAUCUGAUAGUGUGCAAUAGGGGCAUUUAACUAAGUGACAGAUGAGCUCACACAAUCCCCUUACAUAAAGCCAUCAGAGGUGUGUCCCAUAUGUGACAGAGACCAAAAGAAAUUGAAAGUGAGAGGGGGUUUGAAAGAAAAAAAGAUAAGAUAAGCGAUGAUAUAAAUAAUUUCUGCAGCCACUGUGAAUGUGUGAAUGUAAAGCAGAUUACAAACAGGUUAUGGGGAAAUCUCUUCGCAUCUUUUAAUGUGAGCACCACAGUACAUUCCAAAUCCUUUCUCAAACAUUAAAAACUGAAUGAGGCACAGAGGGAAAGGACACUUCUAAUUACUGCCAACGUGUCUGUUCUGUUCUGGAAAUGAAUAUCCUUGUUGUCUAUUGAUAACUUUAUUAGCCAAUUUGUGACAGGCAUGUUUGCUUGCACUUUACGCCUCAUGAUUGUGUGUGGCUGUGUAGUGCACAGUGGUCAGUGUAAAUGGGUGUUGGCAUGUCUUAUCAAAUUAUAUUGUAUAUGCCCAAAUUGACUCAAAUUAAUAGUUGUCAAUAUCUUGCCCAGUGGCUGGUUGUCUGAGUCUAAACAAUACUAGAUUAUUAAUGGCAUGGACAAAUGUAGAAAUAUCAACAAUGUUCAAUGUGUUUUCCCAGACAUACAUCACAUGAACGUGAAGCUCAGAUAUAUGACAGUGGUGUAGUGCCUCUUGCUAACACAGUCAUGAUCUAAUCCCCAUUCGUGUGUAGUAUUAUCCAUCCACCUGGCCUUUUCUAUUUAAAUGAUCUUCUUGUGAUUUUCUAAGAUGAUAGUGUCAUUGCCUGUCAUUCUGAUAAAAGGCAUCCUGCUUAUCCAAAGUGCUGUGUAGCUGUUAAAUUUACGCAUUGUCAGCCAACGUACACAAUCUGAGACAUUCUACCCUUAUAAUGUGAAAAUCAGAAUCAGUGGUCCUUGCUCCACACUUUUGUUCAUGGCUAUAUUCAACAAAAAAUAAGUUAUGGGGACAAGUUUAAUUUCAGGAAAGUUUUUAUCUCUCUUUUUAUCCUCACUUGUUUGCUAUGAUGGCCCACCCUUCCUGCUCCCACAGGUCCAGUGGGAUAUAGGUUUGGUAUGAGCAGGAUACUGAACACAACCUGCUCUGUUAAAUUAGAAAAGUUAGAAAUUGCCUUUGUUGCAGGCUGGAUUUGUGUCUGUAUAGCACAUAUCAACACUGUUUUUAUUCUUUUUUUCUUUGCUUUUUUUGAACUAUUGAUUUUCAGCAUCCUCUCAAAAAAUGCGUGUUGAACAGGGAUGAGUAUGCAAAUGUUAAAAGGGUGGGGUGGUGUGUUAUGAUAUCUCCACAUUGAUCUGUGUAGUCCUUCCACCCAGUUUGUUUUCAUGAAACAUUGAUCUCUGUCUCUUUCCCCUCCUGUUUUAUUAAGAUGUUUGCAUACAGUCUGGGUCAGAGGUCAUAUCCCUUGGAGUCAAUGUUGUGCUGUGAGUGUUUGCUAUUGACUGGACCACAUAAGAUCAAGGGCCUCGCUGUCAUCUUUUAAUAAUAACGUAUCUGGGAUGCACCACUUCAUCCGCCUUCUUUAUUUUAUAAAGCACCAUAUGAUGAACAUACGGUCUUGGGAAUUUUUAGUCUCCUGCUGAUCUCCUGUUAUCUGGGAUAACAAUGUUUCCAAAAGAACUUGUUACUGUGAUCGACUCAGACUUUUACCAAAUCAGAGGAAAGGAUUUUCUUUCUGGUACGUUGUAAAAGUACCUAAUCCCACAGAAGGAACUCAUGUGUUAAACUCCCCAGGUCCUCAACUGCCAUAACACGUUUACAGAAAUGGACAAUGAGGAUAAAUGUAACAGCAAGUUCAGUAAUAUCAGGAUUGCUCAUUUCAGUUGCAGUAUAUAUAAUAUACAAUAUAAUGUGACAGAAAGUCCUGAUUAUUACCAUUUUCAUGGAAGACAUUUAAUUCAUACAUUUUCUAUUUUAAUUAACACAUUUAACACACUAAUGUAUUUUUCAGGAAAUAGAUUUUCAGGGGGACAGAUGUAUGUUCAAGUGCUCUUCUGCUCAAAUUUCAUUCACACAGAUGUUUGAGUGACUCUUUCACAAUGACACAGAGUUACUGACCCAACUGAGAACAUUUUCAUCGCUGGUGUCAGAAGUGCCAAUCUUUCAAAUGAUAUAUAAACAGUGUUUUCGCUGAAGCUCAGUUGCUGUUGCUGAAGUUGGAGUAGAUAUUGUGUUUCUCAUCAUUAUUAAUUACUUGAAAGCCUGCUGCCAAAUUAAACACAAGAGAGUCAUGUAAAAUUGAAAUGAAGACAAGUUUACACAAAAUUCAGAUUUGACGAGCAAGAGUGCCAAUCUGAAAACAAUUUUCAAAUAGCAGU